AAGGACACUGUCUGUGGAACGCGUGAUGUCACAAAAGCCCAAACUCCCCAGGUUUAGUUCCAAGAUGGCGGCUGUGAACGGCGCGUCGUACUUCGGAGGUGUAGAAGGUGGUGGAACAGGCUCCACAGCCAUAAUACUUUCAAGUGAUGGAAAGAUUGUAGGCCGCAGUACAGGACAAGGCACAAAUCACUGGUUGAUUGGUCUGGAUGAGUGCCUGAGUAGAGUGAAUGAGAUGGUGAUUGAAGCAAAAAGAUCUGCAGGGAUUGGUGUCAAUGAGCCACUAGCUUCUUUGGGACUAUCAUUAAGUGGAAUGGAAAAGGAAGAAAUAAAGAAGACAGCCAUUUCUACAAUGUUCUCAAAAUACCCGAGCUGUAGUGAAAAGUAUCACAUGUGUUGUGACACUGUUGGUGCUAUUGCAACUGCAUCUGAUAAAGGUGGCAUAGUGUUGAUAUCAGGGACUGGCUCCAACUGUCAAAUGUUGACGCCAAAUGGUCAAACAUUCAACUGUGGUGGGUGGGGUCACAUGAUCGGUGAUGAGGGAUCAGCAUUUUGUAUAUCACACAUGGCUAUCAAAGCAGUGUUUAAUGCUGAAGAUGGGCUGGACCCCCCACAGCAUGACAUUGCUUAUGUAAAGAAACUGGUUUUUGAACAUUUCAAGAUAGACAACUUGUAUGGAAUGUUGGAUCACUUUUAUGCAAAGUUUGACAAGGCGUAUUAUUCCGGGCUGUGUAAAGCUCUAGCAGUUGUUUUACACCAGAUAGACAACUUGUAUGGAAUGUUGGAUCACUUUUAUGCAAAGUUUGACAAGGCGUAUUAUUCCGGGCUGUGUAAAGCUCUAGCAGUUGGUGCAGCUGAAGAUAAAGACCCUCUUUGUCAGCAUCUGUUCUUCAAAGGUGGUGAACUUUUAGGCAGACAUGUGAAAGCUGUUAUCCAGCACAUGGAUAAGGAAUGUCAAGAAACUCUUUUAAAUAGUAGCAAGGGGCUGCAGAUAAUUUGUGUUGGUGCUGUCUGGCAAAGCUGGAAUCUUCUUAAAGAUGGCUUUUUAACUGGCAUUAGUUGCUCUCUAAGCAACACCGCUGUCCAAGUGAAACGCUUCUCGCUCGUAAAGCUCCGCGAGAGUUCUGCUAUUGGUGCAGCUGCGCUAGGCGCCAAAACCGCUGACUAUACUCUUCCCAUAGAUUAUGACUCCAUGGUAGAGGAAUUCUUCAGCCACGAAUUUUAAUGCUUUAAAAUUCUAAAUAGCUUACUCAUGUUAAAAAAAUCAAAAUACUAUGAUAGGUAGCGGGAAAUUUAUCAUCAGGAUGAAGUGACAGGGAUAUAAUGUAGCUAUAUCAGUACCAUUGUAAUUAUCGUUUCAGAACAUGAUCGGUGAAGUGAUUUCUAAUUGAAUUGCUAGUUGAAAGCAUUUGACCAAUCAACAAACGUGAAGGCCACGAUUAACCAAUCAGGACUUGUAGGUUAGUGCACGUUACCGUGAAAUUCGCGGGAAAAUGAGUCAGAGUGUUCAUGUGGUUUCCAUUGUUUAAGAAAUUGUCAGGGAAAGCUUUGAAAAUUUCCUAAAUACUGCGAAAUAUGGAAAAGAAAUAGAUACAGGUGGCUUCAUUAUGUUUUCCAUUCGUAUAUCUAUGUCUGUGUUCCUGGCGUUGGUUGAAGGCCAUCAGGGAAGUUGAAACUUGUGGCUUUUUGCAUCCGGUAAAGCGCAAUAGUUGCUAUCCUUAUUUCAGUUUUUUUUCGUAGACAGUACUCAAUUUUCGAAGCUUUCUCGUAAAUUUUCUCAUACGAAUGAUAAAGCAAAUAUACAUAUUGUGUGGGCCGCCGCAGAUGGCGCGAGGGUCAAAAAACGGAUCACAUAGCCAGAUACGUUGAUAAUUCCUUUUUUCUUACUAACACUCUUAUUGCUUCGACUCGUUAUCGUACAUGAAAAAAAUGGAAGGUGGUAACAUUUUGUAAAAGGAAUCCGUACUAAAUAGAUAAUAUAAUAUGUAUUUUAACAAAUCUCUGUGUUUUCGUGUGAUUUUCUUUAUGUUUUUUUUAGUGUUAUUGGUUUGCUUUUCAUGACCAGCCCACUCUUUGUGACCUUUCGGGCUAGGUAACUGCAUUUGAUAAGACUGAUGAAAAGGCUAUCCUUUAUUGCUCUCCACAAUUUCAAACUGGUGAAAUAAAAAUGUUGCACGUCUGCUUUGAAGGGCAGCAAAUGACGUUGUU